AUGAUUUAUGCAAUAAAAGGAAAUCAUGUUUGUAAAGAAUAGAGAAAGAGUUUUAAUUUAUGCAGAUCUACUCCACUAGGAAAGUAUGUAGAACCUGAAUUUUGUAAAGAUAAUGCAAUGUCACUUAUUGAUUGCUUUUUAAAAGUGUAAUAUAUUGUAUUCAUUUAUAUAUUUAUAGACAAAGAAAUACUAAAUGUAACUAAUCCUUUUAGAAAGUAUUUGAAAUUGCAAAAACAGGUUAGUAUGCAUAGGAAAGUUUAGAGGAUUAUUUGAAAUGUUGA